CCUGCAGCGCUGGCAGCUUGGAAGAGCGUCAGCCAAGCAACGUGCCUGGCACUCCCACGGCUCGAACACGAACAGACGAUCACCGCGCAAAACCUGGCUCUCUCCGCACCCGCCUACUACGCCAUCUCCUCAUGCCCGCGUCACAGCAUGGAGAACGGCACCUCGCUCGCUCCAGCGCGCGACAUCUUUGCCGCCACCUCGGUGGCUGAGAUCCACGCCACCCUGGCCCAUCUGCACCAGCAAGAGGCCACCGUCACCCGCCAAUUGAACAACCUCAUCGCCUCCCAGAAGGACCUGUCCCGCGAACUCGGCCGCCUCGAUCUGCUCCGCGCCCACCUCGGCACCCAAGCCGUCAACACGCGCGCCAUCAGCAAUGGCAUGCUCUCCGACGCCGCCUCGACCGCGAACCGCAUCUCGAGCGCCGUUAAGCGCCUAGAUCACGAGCAAUCCAACGUUAAAGCUACACUGGAGGUGGUGGAGCAGGUGGCAGAAUUGAAAGCAUGCGUGCUCGGUGUGCAUGGGUCCAUGGGCGCGCCCCAGGAUUGGGAAACCGCUGCUGGAUACCUUAGUCGCGCGUCCAAGAUCCCCGACGAGGUCAUAGAUGGCAACUUCGCCGAAGAGAUCGUGCCCACCGCUGAGGUGCCUGAUCCUCCACGGGUGACGCUGGAUGCAGCAGCCGAAUCGCUCUGUGGCCUCUUUCUGCGCGAGUUCGACAAGGCCGCCAAGGGAGGCGACGGCUCGAGAGUGACACGCUUCUUCAAGCUGUUCCCCUUGAUUGGCCGAACUGAGGUCGGUCUUGAUGCAUACGGCCGAUAUGUGUGCCAGGGCGUAGCAGCAAGAGCGAGGACGAACUUCAACUCGGCCCUCCCAGCCCAAAGAAAGGAGGGCUACUUCUACGGCAACACCAUCACAAAGCUCUUUGAGCAUAUUGCGCAGAUUGUGGACGGACAUGAGCCGCUAGUAGAGCGACACUAUGGCGUCGGUAUGAUGGCGAAAGUGAUAGAGCGUCUUCAGAUUGAGGCCGAUGUCCAAGGCGGGAUUGUGCUCGACACGUGGCAUGAAGAGCGGACGGUUGAUCGCAAGCUGACCGACAUCAAAUCAUACGCUUUCUCUUUCCUUGUUCAGAGCUUCCUACCCUCGCAGAAGCCCGCGAUGGGGACGCCCCGCGCCGGCUCGCCAGCUAAUGCUGCUGCGCGGACAAGUGAGGAUGAAGGUGUGAAUAUGAAAGAGGUUGAUAGAUUGCUGGCGGAGAGUGCGCUUAUGCUAGGUCGGUGGGCUUUGUACUCCCGGUUCAUCUCCUCGAAAUGCGCACCUGCUGAGCCUGAAGAUACAAUCGACCACGGCCUGGUCAUGCCGCAAUUCCUGGCCACCAGCAAUCUCAACAAAAAGGUCUCGAGCCACCUCGUUGAGCCUUUCAAUAUCAUGACCACCUUCUUCUUCCGGCGAUCAGUAGAGAAAGCGUUCCAGCUCGACCAGUCACCCUCAGACCUCAAUCUCAACCCUGCGAAGCCUCUCGGCUCAGAUCCGCCAUUCAUCACAACUGCGGUUGAUACGGUCAUGUAUAUUUUGAACCAGGUGCUGCAGAGGUCAUUGGCCACUUCUCAGCGCGCUGUGAUUAGCAGCGUCGUCCCUAGCGUUGGCCGAGUGCUAAGCGCCGAGUUCAUCGGAAUGAUCCAGCGGAAGAUGCGCGAUGAAAGCUACCCAAAGCCCGUCAUCCAAGGCGGUCUCCCCCCGGAGGACAAGGUGAUAGCGUUCCUCGUCUUGAUCAACAAUUUGGACGUAGCCAACGACUACAUCAAACGAAUCGUUGAGCAACAGUUGGGCAAGCAGAAACAGCCCUCUGAGGAACACAAGUCGCCCCUGCUGGAUCUAUUCCCCUUCGGUCACGAUGCGACGUUCGUGGAGAAUACCCUGAAGGCCAUGGAACAUUCCUUCUCCACCAAGAGCGGCGAGUUGCUCAACGACAGCAUACAAGUCGCCUUCCACAACGUCCUGAAGCCGCGGGUGCGGCCCAUCCUCGCUGAAGCAUUCCGCGACAUCGACUACGCACCAAACGAAGGCGAUGGUGAUGAAGACGGGGAAGGCGAUGACGCCAAUCUGGUGAAGUCGCGCUUCGAUCGCGGAUGGGGCGCUCUCAUUCGGCCGAUUAAGCGCAUUCUCACUGCCGCUAACUUUGACCGCCUACUCACCGUCGCCGUUACCUACUUGGCCAGCGCCCUGGAGAAGCGCAUCCGGAGUUACUAUGGGAGGGUCAAUGAGUCAGGCGCAGCGAGGCUCGAGCGCGAUAUCUCUGGAAUCAUUGCCGCCGCUGUGGUGGGUGGAAAGUAUGGGCUACGUGAUGCGUUCACGAAGUGCACGCAGAUGACGCUGAUAAUGAACAUGGAGGACGACGAGUGGGAGGAAGUCACCAAUGAAGAAGCAGGCGAUUCUGGCAUUCCCUGGGUUCUGGAUGCUGAGGAAAGGAGGCGAGUAAGGGCUCUCGUCAAGGGGUAAUUCUAGAGCACAGAAUGUCUUGGCAAUUAAUAUGGACGGACGGGCCCAACCGAGGCACACGAUCGUGUGCAUUCCUGACAAUGCAGGGUGUCAAAAUCUUCCCUUCUUUGGAGCCGUCUGCAUUCAAGUCUUGAUUCCAUUACUACAUUUGGAUCGCCCUUCUCCCUUUGUCGGUGCGUUCCUUGGUCCUUUCCUAAUCGG